AUGACUGAGACACUGUGUGUCUGCUCCCGGGGAACUGUCAUCAUUGACAAUAAACGAUACCUCUUCAUCCAGAAACUGGGGGAGGGUGGAGACCUGAAGCCUACCAAUAUCUUGCUUGGAGAUGAGGGGCAGCCCGUCUUAAUGGACUUAGGUUCCAUGAAUCAAGCGCGCAUUCAUGUCGAGGGCUCCCGUCAGGCUCUGGCUCUACAGGACUGGGCGGCCCAGCGAUGCACCAUCUCUUACCGGGCCCCGGAACUCUUCUCUGUGCAAAGCCACUGUGUUAUUGAUGAGCGAACCGACGUCUGGUCCCUAGGCUGUGUGUUGUAUGCCAUGAUGUUUGGGGAAGGCCCGUAUGACAUGGUGUUCCAGAAAGGUGACAGUGUGGCCCUUGCUGUGCAGAACCAGCUCAAUAUCCCAGAAAGCUCCAGGUAUUCACCAGCCUUGCGGCAGCUGCUAACCUCCAUGAUGACCGUGGACCCCCAGCAGCGUCCCCAUGUUCCUGUCCUCCUUGGUCAGGUGGAAGCCCUGCAACCCCCACCCCCUGACCAAAGCAUCACACAAAUCUGA